GCCGACGUCGCCGCCCGCCUCGGCCUCCAGGCCACCGUCACCGACGUGGGCACGUGCGCGCGCACGCGACCCCCUCCGCUCUGUCUCGCCUCACCAUUUCGGGCGAGUUUCAUUCGGUCUACCAUGGCCCCUGACGUGUUCCUUCCUGGCCUCCCGCUCGUCGCGCGCGCGAUCUGGGUAGCACCGGCUGGCAGUGGCCGCCGCAGGAGCAGUUCCUCUUCGCGUGCGAGGACGGCGACCUCGACCGCCUCAAGGCCGUGGUAGAUGGCAUGGGCGAGGAUGACAGGGAGUCGCUUGCCUCCGUGAGGCUCAGGGACGUUGGGGCAUUGCAUGCCGCAGCAUCCAAGGGUGAUGUGGGGAUCUGCAAGUACUUGGUGGAGGAGCUUGGAUUUGAUGUCGACUCCGAGGCUGCUAAUCCUGGCUCUGGUGCGACGCCUUUGUCUUUUGCGGUGGGGCAUGGGGAAGUGAAUGCCACAAGGUAUUUUCUUGAAAAAGGUGCUGAUCCCAACAUAAAAGAUUCCUCCAACGGCACGACUCCUCUGCAUGAAGCAGUAGCAACAGGCUGUGAUGAAAUUGCACGACUGCUGCUAUCGAAAGGAGCUAAUGUUGAUGCACCUUCUCCUCAUGGGACGCCUCUAGUUGCCGCUGCAGCUCAUGGGAAGUUCAGUGCUAUGAAGAUUUUGCUGGAGCACCAUGCAGAUCCGAACAAAGUCUCAUGGGACCUUGGUACACCCUUGACCACAGCACUCUAUGUUACUCCUGAAAGAAUGAAUGAAUCCACUUGCUUAGAGUGCAUGAAACUUAUUGUCAAGGCUGGUGCGGACGUCAAUUGUACAACUCCUGAAACUCCAUUGGCGAUAGCAACUAACAAUGGCUUAACCACAUGCGUUAAAUACUUGUUGGAGGUUGGCGCAAAUAUCAAUGUUCCAGCUAAGCAGGUUAAGAAAGGUGACAAUGAUAGCAAAGCUUCACUGAAAUCAAGCGGUGCAAAAGCUGCUGAAGGGAAGAACUAUGUCGCUGCAUCAAAAUUCUAUUCCGAGGACAAGUCAAGUGACAAAGAUAGGAAGGCUCGGCUGAAAUCACAAGGUGCAAAAGCAGUUGAGGGCAAGGACUAUGCCGCGGCAUCAAAAUUCUAUACUGAAAAACCAUCGGAAGACACUUCUAUUUCUGCAAUCAAGCUGGAUCCGGCUGACGCGGUGUUGUAUUCGAACAGGAGCCUGUGCCAUCUGAAGUGUGGUGAAGCACAUGCCGCUUUGGUUGAUGCCAAUGCUUGCAUAAGUCUGAACCCUAAGUUUCCUAAAGGUUACUACCGGAAAGGAGCCGCCCUCAUGUCUCUUCUGGAGUACAAACAGGCCUCUGCUGCGUUCUCGGCUGGAAUGAAACUGAAGCCUGAAAACGAGGAGAUGCAGGUAGCGCAUAGGGGGGCGGUUGGGGCGAUGAGGAAGGAACAGUCCGAGCCGGGUCUCCGCGCACUGGAUUAGCUCUUCAGGAGUGCCAGUGCUGCUUCCACGGUAGUAGUUCUUUUCGGAAUGUUCGUUCGUUCUGUGUGUAUAUACCUGUAAAAAGGUGGUAGAAUAGUGUACUUUGUGUGUUAGUGGUGGUUUGCAUGUCACGAUCCAGAAUGCUCUUUUGCUGGAACCAAGCAGUUAUCAUCGAUGCCUGAAACUUUUAC